AUGCGAUAUGCCAUUUUCUUGAUGGUGUGGUAUUACUGUACUCUUACAAUUCGAGAAAGCAUUCUUAUCAUCAAUGGCUCCAAAUUGGGUUCCUGGUGGGUGGCUCAUCACUACCUGGCUUGUGUGAUCGGUGGUGUGGCUCUUACUUGGCCAGAUGAUGCUUCGUAUCAGGCUUUCCACUCACAAUUCUUGCUGUUUGCCGGUUAUAUUUGCCUUGUGCAGCAAUUGCAGUACCAAUACCAAAGUGGUUGCCUUCGACGGCUGCAUUCGCUGGGCCACGGCGACUCAAUGGACGUGACCCUCGAGGGUUUCGCCACGUGGAUGUUCCAAGGCCUUACGUUUCUUCCCUUUCUGGUCGUAAUGUACCUGCUAGAACUGAACAACGCUUACACGCUGUACAAAUUGUGGAAAACUCAGGAGUGUGCUUGGCAGGUACCAACACUUUCACUACUGUUCCUCAUCGUCGGUGUUGGAAAUAUCGCCAUGGUUUCGCUAAUCGUCUUCAAGAAAAUGAAGGAAAACGGGAAGUCACGUGUGAAGAAGAUUCUUCAGCGCUAUCCCUCAAUAGCUAAUUUCCAGUAG